AUGGUCGUUAAAAUCUUCGUCUACGCUGCUAUCGCGGUAGGAUUGACGUAUCUAGCCCUCUUAUUUCCAAGAUUACAACAAGAAUAUAAACUCUGGUCCCAUCGCUCUCAACUACCCCCCGGUCCAAAGACGAUCAAAACAGGCAUCCGCAAACCAUGGCUUUGGUUCCAGCAACUUAGCCAGGAAUACGGAGACGUAGUCUACCUUCAACUCGGCCCGACUCCAACCAUCAUUCUCGGCUCCGCACAAGCAGCAUGGGACCUCCUAGAAAAGCGUGGCGCGGUCUUCUCGUCGCGACCGCGCUUCAUCAUGGGCGGUGAGCUGCUGUCCGGUGGUAUGAGAGGUCUAAUGGCACCAUAUGCUUCUUACUGGAGACGCUGGAGAAAGCUUCUGCACAGCGGCUUCAUGCAGCGGCAGAGUGAGACAUAUAGACCGAUCCAGAGUCUUGAGAGUAAGGUUUUGAUGCAUGAGCUUUUGAAGAGCCGGCAGGAAUUUAGGAUGCAUUUGGAAAGGUAUGCUGCGAGCGUGAUUGUCACGGUCACUUAUGGGAGGAGAGUUGAGGACGUGAGAAGUGACAUUGUGGUGAAGCGAAACGCUGAAGCUAUGGAGCGUUUGACAAUGGUCAAUAUUCCUGGAAAGUAUGCCGUUGAACGUUAUCCCGCUCUCAAAUACGUGCCAAGCUUCCUUGCGCCCUGGAAGAAGGAAGUACUUCAGCAACGUGAAAAAGACAUCCAACUCUACACAGAGCUCAUGAAUGAAGUUCGGGAAAAGGUAGCGAAGGGUACCGCACCGACAUGUUUUGCCAAACACCUUCUUGAAGAACAGCAUAAUCUUGGUAUGACUGAUCUCGAGAUCGCAUAUACAGCGGGAUCACCUUUCGGGGCUGGUGUUGAGACUUCUGCUGGUUCACUUGCAAGCUUCCUUCUCGCAUGUGUCAAAUUUGGAUCUCAGUUCAUUCCCAAAGCUCAAGAAGAACUUGACCGAGUAGUUGGAACUGAUAGACUUCCCACAUUCGACGACUUACCUAAGCUUGAAUAUGUCAGGGCUAUUGCAUCUGAGACUCUUCGUUGGAGACCUUUAGCCGUCCUUGGUGGAACACCUCAUGCUAGCACAGCGGAUCACGUAUACAAGGGCAUGUUCAUUCCGAAAGGAAGCACGGUUAUUGCCCCUCUAUGGACGCUUCAUCUCAACGAGGCCGACUUUCCACAACCACACGAGUUUAGACCUGAGCGUUUCAUGGAAGAGAGAGACUACCCCGGCACACUGGGACACAGUGCCUUCGGCUGGGGACGCCGUGUUUGCCCUGGGAUGCAUCUCGGCGCGGCAUCUGUCACACUCAAUAUUGCGCGAAUUCUUUGGGGCUUCGAGGUCAAUCCCGAAAAAGACGAGAAGGGCCGGGAUAUUGAAGUCGACAUCUUCGCGUAUUCGGAUGGCUUCAACUCAAGUCCAUUGCCUUUUCCAUGUUCAAUCACGCCUCGCUCUAACAGUCACGCUGAAGUUAUUGAGAGGGAACAUGGGAAUGCGUUGGACGAUUUGGUUAAGUAUACUGCUAUAACGAGUCAGGUGUCUUGA